UUAUGAUCUUCCCAAUCCUGUUUGGAGCUGUGUAUGGAACACAGAUGACAGGAACUUUUUCUAUGCUGGACAAGCUAAUGGUAAUGUGAUGGAGUUUGACAUUCGGAACACCUCGGAACAUGUCCAGGAACUCAACACAGAGGGCAUGAGGUCACCUGUCGUCUCCCUACAGUACAUUCCAAAAGACAUCCAAGCUAGCUUCAGACCUGGUGGAUUAGUGGUUGGACAGCUGAACAAGAUAAGCUUCUACGAGAAGAAACCAGACAACCAGUACAGGCUACAUAUGCUACCAUUAGAGGGUAACUUGACCAGUCUCUGUUUUGAGAAUCACACGAGGCACCUGUUGGCCAGCUUCAGACCAACAUCCAAACAUCCUACAGUUAGACAUCAGCUAUGUGAGAUGACCUGUGUGAACCUCAGCGCUGAUCCCACUGUCAUUGACAAUGGCUGUAGUUGUCAUGUGAUACAGACAUUCCACGGCAGCCAGACACAGACGGUACUGACACGGACACUCCUAAUGACUCACCCAGCGGACGACAGUAGAAUGUUAAUCUGUGCUGGAGUCGAAACAAUCUCGGGGGUCCAUAUUUGGGACACCUCGUCUGGACAGCUCGUUCAGCGGUUACCAGCUGGUGGUAUUGUGGUGGACACUUGUGCCAUGUCAAUCAACCAGCAAACGUAUCUAGCUGCACUGACUGAGAAAAACCUUAAAGUUCAUCGCUGGUGCUGAUUCCCUAGAAAUACCUCAACCAAUUUUUGAAUUGGAUCUUUUGAUCCAAGGUUUAAAAAUCACAGCCUCUCUUCUGUGUGUCAGAGCAGACAGAGGGUUGUUUUUCGUACCGAGUGUAGUGAAGAACAAUAACUCUAACACGGAACUGUGAUAUUAACAGCCAGUUUAACAAGUUGAUGGUCCCAGAAGUGUUCAUUGUACCUUGUCUUUCAGUAUAAGAGUAUGAGUGACUGUGCAUGUACAUGUACUGGUAGUAGUAUGUUAUGUUUAAUCUUGUAGUCAAAAAAAAAAAAUACAUGCCCCAAGACAAAGAAAAUAAAGAAGAUUGUGUUCAAAAUA